GCAUUUAUUCAAGUUUUACUGGCAAGUGGUGAGUUAACUUGGCCAUCAGCAAUAUGAAGCUCUGUUUACUACUUCCACUUUUGGUGACGUCAAUUUCGGGACAGUCAUUGGUCAAUCCACCGCCACGAGAUUGCAGAGAACAGGGUUUCAAAGGAAAUGGACCAGCAUCCAGUGUGACAUUACCCCAAUAUGAAGAAGGAGAGGUUAUGUUGGUAAAGGCAAAUUUGGCGGCAGCGAACGGAAACUUCGAGUUUUAUCUGUGUCCGGAAGCGGAUCCUGAUAGUGAAGAGUGUCUCGUGAGAAUUCCAUUAGAGGUAGAAGACUUGGGAAAUCAAUUUGACCUCAGUGAGAUAGCUACUGCAGGACUUUACGAAAUAAACCUGCGGUUACCAGAGGGAAUUACAUGUGAAGCCUGUGUCCUGAAGUGGGUCAUGUCCAUCAACGGAUGUAAUGCAGACGAUGACAAUGACUGUAUUACUUUAAGGGAUACAGUGUGCGCUGACAUUUCAAUCGUUAGUAAAUCAGACCGGAAGCUCCGAGUCUGGGAUUUCGUUAAACAAGCUUUCGGUCACGCGAUGAAAGGCGCUGCCGAAAACAUGUUGGAUCAUUAAAUAACCAGGCUUACUAUAGCUGAACAAUGGUAUAUCCUCUGUUGCGUGAACCAAAGACAAACCUUGAAACAAAUCUAGAGAAAAAAAAGAAAAAAAAAUUCUGAUAACUAAAUAGUAUCUCUAACGCUACGUGAAAAAAAAACAACCUUGAAACAAAACAACAAGAGCAAAAUUUUUACCAUAUAAUAAUACGUAUCACUUUAAAAGCGUUUUACUUUUUGUCUGAUCAUUACCACUGUUCUCAACUAGUAAAUAAAAUCAUUAAAGAUCCCCUUAGCAAUAACUUUUCUUGACUUUUUUAGCAUUAGCAAUAUUUCAAGGAACUUCCCCAAUUACAAAUACGUUUAUUCACGUAAAGAAGAUUAUGUACGAAAAUGAUUACCCAUUUAAACUAACUAGUAUAUGCAACUGAACAGUUGGUGUUUUCAAUAAAGUCAAAGACAA